AGUGUAAGAAAUGAUGAAGAAAUUAGUGGAAUAAUUGUUAGCCAUUGAUUUUUGUAGCCACAAAUUCUCGGAGCUAAUUCGGUUAGAGAGACCCCUCUCACCUUCUCUCUCUAACCACUCCCACAGAUUUCUGGUGCUGUCUAACUUGAUCAAGCUGCUGCAGCCGGGAUGUCGGGACAUUUAGACCGCCCCUCGGAUCAAAGCCUCGAGAAGGUUGAUGCGGACAAUCUUGAUGACGAUAAGAAGACUAGGAUCGGAUCCCUCAAGAAGGCGGCAAUCACUGCCUCUAACAAGUUCAGGGACUCGAUUUCUAGAAAGGGCAGGCGGAGCAGCAGAGUUAUGUCUGUUGUGCUCGAGGACGAGCAUGAUGCUGAAGAAGCGCAGUCUGUGGAUGCUUUUCGCCAGGCACUGAUUCUAGAGGAAUUGUUACCUGCAAAACACGACGACUUUCAUAUGCUACUAAGGUUCUUGAAGGCCAGGAAAUUUGAUAUUGAAAAAUCGAAGCAAAUGUGGUCCGACAUGCUUCAGUGGAGGAAGGACUUUGGUUCCGACACCAUUAUGGAGGAUUUCGAUUUCACUGAGAAAGAGGAGGUGGUUAAAUACUACCCACAAGGGCAUCACGGGGUUGACAAGGAGGGCAGGCCGGUGUACAUUGAAAGGCUCGGUAUGGUUGACUCAACCAAGCUCUUGCAGGUAACCUCGAUGGAACGCUACCUAAAAUACCAUGUCCAGGAGUUCGAGAGGACCUUCAUCGAUAAGUUCCCGGCCUGCUCCAUUUCAGUCAAAAAGCAUAUUGAUCAGAGCACAACCAUCUUGGAUGUCCAAGGAGUGGGGCUGAAAAGUUUCACCAAGUCUGCGAGGGAGCUCGUUCAGAGCAUUCAGAAGAUAGAUGGGGAUAACUACCCUGAGACAUUAUUCCAAAUGUAUAUCAUCAACGCUGGAUCUGGCUUUAGGCUCUUGUGGAACACUGUCAAGUCAUUCCUCGACCCAAAGACCACUUCGAAGAUCCACGUGCUUGGCAACAAAUACCAGAGCAAGUUGCUUGAAGUCAUUGAUGCAAGUGAGCUACCGGAGUUCUUGGGGGGGACGUGCGCCUGCGCUGACAAGGGUGGCUGUAUGGUCUCCGAUAGAGGCCCUUGGAACGAUCCCGAGAUAAUGAAGAUGGUGCGCAAUGGCGACCACAAAUGCGCGCACAGGCGCGCCUCCUCUGCGUCUGCGGAUGAGAAAACGAUAUCAGAGGAUGAGAAUGGUAAUAAGUCCAAGAAAAGCAUGUCUUUCGACAUGAAGAACGAGUCUCCCAGAUCUACUUCUUCGAAUGACAAUACUACACAGCCACAGCAGCAACAGCAGCAGAUGUCUCCUCCUGAUGAAGAGGUAGUUGAAUCCCAACCCUACCAACCACCCCAACUCCAUCCUUACCCCCAAUCCCGUUCCCAGCCCGAACCGGCCCCACAAGAGCAAGAUCAAUAUGUCCACAUGGUCGAGAAGACCAUUGCAGCCUGGCCUAAAGGAAACAAACAACAAGACAGUCUCAUGCUUGUCAAAGAGUUUUUCCCGGGCAUCAAUUCUUGUAAGAACGUGGACGGCUUCAGCAACCAGAUCUUCACCGGAGUGCUGACCUUUGUCAUGGGCGUAGUCACAAUGGUCCGUAUGACACGCAACAUGCCUAGGAGACUCACGGAUUCCACUCUCUACUCUAGCUCCAUGCGUGGCUCUGAUGACAUGAUGAAAAGCCGGGCACCUGUCUACGAGUCCCAAGAGGCAGGCGUCUCCAGAGAAGAUUACUUGAUCAUGAUGAAGCGCAUGAACGAGUUGGAGGAGAAGAUGAGCAUAGUAUGCCAGAAGCCCCCAACUAUGGCACCUGAGAAAGAGGAGAUGCUAAAUAACGCUAUUACUCGUAUCGAUGCAUUAGAGCAAGAGCUACAAGAAGCCAAAAAGUCUCUCGAGCAAUCUCUCACGCAACAAGAGGAGCUCCUCGCCUACAUCGAGAAGAAAAAGAAGAAGAAGAAGUUCUUCGCUUUCUAACUCCAGAAACUGUGAAUAUAAUUAAUAAUGUUAUUGCUCUUGUAGAUAUGAUACCAGCUGAUCCUCAACAAGGAGUUUGCUAAUUAUUAUUUUUUAGUAAAAUCUUAUUAAAAAUAAAAUCUUGUUAAUAAACAACUUAGUUGCUUUUGUCCUUGGCCGGCAAUGAGAUUCUUUGCUGCAUCUCAAACUGUAAUAAUUUUCAAGAAUUGUGUGGGUUGUCAAAUGACCCCAGUUUCUUCU